AAAAAAAAAAAAAAAAAAAAAAACUCAAUUAGAAGAGAAAAUCUUUUUAAUCUUAUCCCCUAAUGAAUUACUUGGUACAUGUAGAAUAGAAUCAAAUUACUACAGGAGGCUUAAUAAACACAACUUAUAAAUUUGAUAGGCACGUCAAAAGUUAAAACAGGGAUUUGUUAACCUCAGUAAUUAGCUACGAGGGUUAGUUAAUUAACCAAUCAGGUGAAAUCACACGGAUUGGUAGCGAGAGGGGUAUUUAAGUAACUGUACAAGGAGCGUUGGUGUUUGUUUGUUUGCAAAGGGCAGGAGGCACACAAGUCUUCCAAACGGAGGAGCCACCGGCGUUGUUAGCUUUCUCUUUGGCUGAUUCCUUCUUCUUCUUCUCUAAUUCUUUUCCUUGGUUUCAGAGUAUAAUAAUCCCCAGCUUCUUUGAUCCUCUCUCUCUCUCUCUUCCUCUGUUACAUGAUGGCUACGACGGCGAGUAGUGCCGCUAAUUCUGCAUCUCGCUUCUCCAUUGAUUCCUCUAUCUCGCGAUCACGUCACGGCGAUUCCUCUCCCUGGUUGUUACCUUCUGAUUCCCAUGAUCAUCCGACUCUUUCCCUCUCCCAGGACGAUCCCUUCUCAGCGCCUUCGGUCUCCCCGCCCACCGGAAAUAACUCUUCCGACUACGACAAUGCUGAUAAGAAGCCUCCUCCUGUCUGGAACAUGCCUUCUUCUAAUAGCUCCUCCGAUGUCGGCCCUGUCAUGGGCGCCGCCGAAUCCUGGCCUGCUCUCUCUCUUUCUGCUCGCUCUUCUUCCAUCAAGUCUCCCUCUUUGGAUGCUUCCAAACCUUUUCCUGAUGGAUCAUCGUCAUCAAUACCGCCUCCCCAGGCUACUUCCAACACCAGCACCAAUGCCAAUGCAGGCUCGAGUGUUUCUGCUACCUCAUCUGAAAACAGUGCUGUUAAUAAUAGCCAGAGGAAACCUUUUAGACGGAAUAACAACACAUCAUCUUCCAGUACCAGUAGUAACGUCUCCAAUGCUGCGCCUUUAAACACCAGAGAUCAGAAUCACAGCCAAAGGGGUGGUGGCUCUUUUGGUUCAGGGAAUUUCCGUAAUUCUCAGAGGAAUCGCAACAGCAGCUCUUACCCUCGUGGGGAAGGUCUUCACCAUGGAAACAGGCGCAAUUAUGAGCAUGGCAACCAAAGCGGCUUUUCUCACCGUAACUAUAGUGGGAGAGACAUGCACUUGCAACCGCAGAGGGGUGUUGGGAUGAUUAGACCGCAGAUGCUGAUGGGGCCACCAUCUUUUCCUGCCAGUAGUGCGCAAUAUAUGGCAGCGCCUCAAUUAGGUUCAUAUGGUGGCCCCAUUAUCUACCCAGAUUAUGCACAGCAUGUCUUUAUGCCACAUCCAUCUCCAGAUCCGAUGGGUUUAGUUGGACCCUUCCCACUUCAACCCAUGUAUUUUCGCAAUUUUGAUGCCAUCUUGUACAAUAAGAUAUUGACACAAGUAGAAUAUUAUUUCAGCGCUGAUAACCUGAGCAGAGAUGAACAUUUACGGGAUCAGAUGAAUGAUGAAGGUUGGGUUCCUGUUAGAGUAAUAGCAGCAUUCAGGAGACUUGCGGAACUGACCAAUAACAUCCAGACUAUAUUGGAAGCACUGAGAAGUUCAGAAGUCGUGGAAAUUCAGGGUGAAACAUUAAGGAGGCGAGGAGAUUGGGACAAGUAUUUAUUGCCUCGUGAGCCUUCAAGGUCCGGUCCAGCUGCGGGGGCUAGCAACAAUGCCUCACUGGUGUCUCAAAUUGAGAGCAUGACUCUAUCAGAGAGGAGCAGAGAGGGAGUGUAAGAGAGAUGCUACUAAGAGAGAGAAAGAAAGAUGUGUUUGCAAGCCUAUCUCUCUUCCUUUCCUUUUUUGUGUUUUGUCGAGAAUUGGAUAUGAACUGAUUGAUACUCAGUCUCAUAAGAAAAAAAACAAUAAUAUGCUGCUCAACUUUUUUUGAACUUUUCUGGUUUUUAAAAUUUUUUUGGAUAGGAAACUUUAAUAGUUGGUGUUUGGCUGAUCAUUGAUUUAGUCAUCCUUGUUAAGAAAAUGUAAUAUCUGAAGAUACCCGCCACUCGGCAGAGAGGGUUUCACGUCAAACCAUAUCCGAAAUACUAGAGAGCUCUAAAUUGAAAACAGCUG